AUGACGCUGAAGAAAAAGCGAGCAGAAAAGAAGUCGGGGCCAUGUUUAAAGGACUUGCUACGGUUUUUGCCGAUGACGUGGCGAUCACGGCCUGACUACUGGGGACUUAUAGUCGUGCCAGACUGGGCGAUGUGUGAGCAGGGUAGGAGACAGUCUCCCAUCAACAUCGACCCUGCGAAGCUGCUCUACGAUCCGCAUCUUCGACCGCUGCACAUAGACCGACUGAGGCUGCGUGGUCAACUUUCGAAUAACGGACACAACUUGGUGUAUAAACCGAGUAACGACUCGUCUGAUGUGCAUUUGACGAUCAGUGGAGGACCUCUUGCCUACCACUACACCUUUCACGCCAUACACGUUCACUUUGGAAUGAAAGACGCACUCGGUUCGGAACAUACAGUGAACGACCGGGCAUUUCCGGCCGAGAUUCAAAUUAUAUUCUACAAUUCGGAUUUAUACGCGAAUAUUUCCGAAGCCAAGCACUUACCUCUAGGCGUCGCGACCAUAUCACUGCUUGCUCAGGUCGGUAAAGUGCCUAACGCGGAGCUUUCUGUUGUUCUAAGAAACGUAUCUCAUCUCACAUACAAGGGUCUGGACGUCGGCAACUUGCAUCUCUCAAUCUGCGAGCUGCUACCUGACACAAAGCAAUACAUAACGUACGACGGCUCGCUCACCACACCGGGUUGCUACGAGUCCGUAACAUGGGUCAUCAUGAACAAACCCAUCUACAUCACAUCGCAGCAGCUCAAUGAAAUGCGGGCGCUCUUCCAGGGAACGAAGCUGUAUCCUGGUGCACCGUUGGGAAACAACUACCGGCCACCGCAGCCGAUCUACCAUCGGCCUCUACGGACUAACAUCGAUUUUAACUUCAAGCAGAGCCGGACGUGUCCCACGAUGAAAUACGAAACAUAUUAUCAAGCAAAUGUACUGAGCAAGAGGUAG